AUGGAUUUCUUUAAAAGUGGUUUGAAAACGGUAUUAGGUGCAUCAGAACCCGGUCAGUUACCGUCUGGUGCGGAAACUGUGGAAAGGCUAGUGGACCGGGUGAACAAUUCCACUCUGUUAGAAGAUCGUAGAGAUGCGUGUAGAGCCUUGAAGGCAAUGUCAAGAAAGUAUCGAGUGGAAGUUGGAGCUCAAGGAAUUGAUACUCUUAAGCAGGUGUUAGAACUGGAUCGUGCUGAUAAUGAGACUAUCAAUUAUGCUCUGGAUACUCUCAACAAUAUCAUGUCACCGUCACAGUUUGAAGAAGAGGAAGACAACCCUCAUGUUCCAAUGAAUAUAGGAGAGCAAUUUACUGAAAUGUUCAUAAAAGAUCCACAUAAUAUUCAACUGGUAUUAGAUCUUUUAGAUGAAUAUGACUUCAGGGUUCGCCUCUCUACUGUUCAGCUGCUUACAUCACUUCUUACAAAUAGAACUAAGGACAUUCAAGAAAUCAUACUAGUUAAACCAAUGGGAGUAUCAAAGAUGAUGGACUUGCUCGGGGACACCAGAGAAGUUAUUCGCAAUGAAACAUUGCUCUUACUUAUAAAGUUAACCAAAGGAAAUGCAAACAUACAAAAAAUUGUGGCAUUUGAAAAUGCAUUUGACCGCUUAUUUGAGAUUGUAUCUAGUGAGGGUUAUUCUGACGGAGGUAUCAUAGUGGAAGACUGUUUGUUGUUGAUGCUGAAUUUAUUGAAAAACAACAGUAGCAAUAUCAACUUUUUCAAGGAAGGAAGUUAUAUACAGAAAACACUGCCCAUGUUUAACACCCCCAGUGAUUCUGAUGAUGCUGGAUGGUCUCCACAAAAGGUUUCCAAUGUUCAUUGUAUGUUGCAAAUUAUCAGGACCCUAGUAUCGCCAAGUAAUUCUGCACAGAUAAUAUCAAGCUGUCAAAAAAUAAUGAAAAAUGUAGGACUGUUGGAUGCUCUCUGUAAUAUUUUGAUGACUAGUGGAGUUCCAGCUGAUAUUCUCACUGAGACUAUAAAUACAGUUGGAGAAGUUGUCCGUGGGGAUGUAGCUAACCAGGAUUUUAUGGGAAACAUCAUGGCACCCUCAAAUCCUCCACGGCCCGCUAUUGUUGUACUUUUAAUGUCAAUGGUUAAUGAAAAGCAACCCUUCUCACUAAGAUGUGCAGUUCUCUACUGUUUCCAAUGUUACCUUUAUCACAAUGAACUGAGCCAAGCAUCACUUGUUCAAACUCUUCUGCCGUCAUCAACAGAUGUAUCCACCUUGACUAGCGGCCAGUUACUAUGCGGCGGUUUAUUCUCUACAGAUGUUUUGUCCAAUUGGUUUUCAGCAGUUGCUCUGAUGCAUGCGCUAAUUGAUAACCCAGGCCAGAAGGAACAGCUAUUAAGAGUUUUGUUAGCGACUAAUGUUGGGAGUACACCAGUUUCUCUCUUACAUCAGUGUACAUUGCUACUCCAACAGACAACCAAAUUACAGUCUAAGGUCGCACUACUGAUGCUCUUGUCGCAAUGGAUGAGCUACUGCGGAGCAGCGGUCAGUGCGUUCCUUCAGGUUCCUGGUGGAGUCGGAUAUCUAGUCAAUCAGACCUGCUCCAACGAACACGACGACAACGAGUAUUUACUGCAAGGUCUUUCUGCGUUCCUACUAGCCAUCUGCAUUCACUUCAACGAUGACUCCGUAGAAAGCUACACCAAGGACUCGCUGAAGCAACUUCUAGUUAAACGUAUCGGAGUGGAGACCUUCACUGCAAAACUGAGCGAAGUUUCCAAACACGAACUGUACAAUAAGGCAGCCAAGCAUCCGCAACUACGGGUUAAGAUUCCACCCGAAAUACUUAUUGAUUAUGAAUUCUGCCGGCUCUUCAAGGUGUUAGAGAGCGUCCUCAUUCAAAGUGUAUCUAUACACCAAGAAAACCAUUCCAGUGAGGACCAGCAGCCUCCACCAGAAGACAACCUGGAGCAGUACAAGACUCUCAUCAGGCAACAGGACGCCCGUCUGCAAGAACUAAUGCAACAACUCGAUGGGCUAAUGCAACAGAACAACGCGUUACAGGCUGCUCUAAACGAUUCGAUAGCGUCAAACUCUCUUUUAAAAGACGAAAACACUCUUUUAAAAGCGCAAGCCUCAGCCAAACUGCCAAGCCACCAUUCGAGCCAGUCCGAUCAGUCGAGCCAAGCGACGCCAGGCCAAAAUAGUCAAAGCAGCCAGGCCACUGCAAAUACCGACCAACGCCUUUCAGAUUCCGAAAACAGAGUCCAGGCGCUGACUUUGGAAGUAAAUAGAUUAACAAGUGAAUUGAGAAGCGCGCUAGACAGUAAGCAGCAAGCUGAAGUGGAGUUGGACAGAACGAAGAAGGCCCAAGAGGACAUGCGCAAAGACCAAGACGAUCUAUUGGAACUGCUCGCAGAUCAGGACAUGAAAAUAAACGAAUAUAAAAUGAAAUUAAUCUCAAUGGGACAGAGCGUUGCUGAAGACACGCCCGCUGAAAAUGAGCUUAAUUUAACUUAA